CAAUAGCAACAACAACAUCCACAACGAAAAAAAGUUACAGGGAUGUUCAUCACAUUAUCACUAUUGUUAUUAUAUAUUUUAUACAUACAGGCUAAAAAAAACAUUCCGUUAACCUGGAACUGAGGCCUGACUAGUUUUCAGUCUCUCUCUCUCACUCUCUCUCUCUCCAUAUCUCUCACUGGAGAAAAACUGAUUGUCUCACUCAAAAUUAUAACCAACUGUUAUAAAAUAAUCUAGUAGACAGACUGUAGAUACUUCCACUUUUGUGCGUUCAUCUUUGUAUCUCUGUGUUUGUGCGUUAAUGUGGGUGCAUGUGCAUGUGCGUGUGCGUGCAAGUGAAUGAGUGCUUUGCAUACAAAUAUUCUGAAUCUGUGCAACAAGAAUUACUUGUAAUAUGAUAUUGCAUGUUAUCUUGUAAAGAAGUCAACGCUAGAUUAUUAUUACUAUUAUUAUUAUUAAUACUACUCUAUAAUUUACGAACAGCUCAUAUGCUACAGUACAGAGCAGAAAUAUAUACAAUGUACUAUAUACAAUGUUAUUACAACAACAAUAUAUACACUUAGAAUAUUUAUUUAUAAAAUGUGUGGACAUAUUACUAGCCUAAAAAAGAAACAGUUUAUUAUAUAUAUUUAUAUAUAGUAUUCAAAAGUAAUUGAUCAAAUCUUCUUAUUGAGUACUGUUCAUCGCAAUCGACUAAUUCGUCUUUUUAACGUAUAAAGAAGACAAAUAAUAACAAACAGUUAACAUGUACUUUGAAUUCAAACUUAAUAAUCUACUUCAAUUUGUAUAUCAAUUUGUUUUAUACAAAGGCAAAUCGAAAUCUGUUGGAAUUAUAGUGUACUUGUUAUUGGUACAGUUGAUUAUCUGUCAGAUUAGUUCAGUUGAAGGAAUACGAUGGUUAGGUAUAUACAGAUUACCGAAAGGUGCUGAUCAUCCAGUCGAUUCAACAGCUGAACGAUUUACACCAGCAGAAUGUCAAAAAGCAGCGAAUGAAUUAGGUCUUCGAAGAAGACAAAUGCGAUUCUGUAUGCAUCCACGUUUUGGUUAUGCAAUGCUUGCUGUACUUAGAGCUGCACAUGCUGUUGGUUAUCAUUGUCCAAAAACAUUUUCAGAUAGACGAUGGAAUUGUACUUCUAUUCAUCAAUUGCCACAUGUUUCACCAGAGUUAAGACGAGGUACACGUGAACAAGCCAUUGUUCAUGCAUUUGCCAGUGCAGUUUUAUUAUUUGAAAUUGGACGAUAUUGUGCACUGAAUAAAAUUCGUUAUUGUUCUUGUGGUGAUGAAGACGGCGCUUAUGCUACACCAAAUUAUCCUACAUCACAUCCCUAUACAACAGGUAAUAAUUUACCCGGGCAACAGCAUAGAAAAAAUGCCUAUAAUGAUUUCAGUGGUGCACUAGUCUACAGUUCUGGUGCUAACACUAUGGAUAUGAUGGAGACAUCAAAAUCAAAUAAUAUCCCAAUGACAGAUGGUCAACCGACAGUGAGUAAAUUCUACUGGGCUGGUUGUUCAGAUAAUUUACGUGUUGCUAAAGAGUAUACAUCAUUAUUUCUUGGUUUUCCAAAUGUACAAGUUAUGCUGCCUCCACCAGUUGAAACAGAUAUGCCGAAUUCCGAUGCAGCACAAGAUAUGAUGAAUAGCCAGAAUCGUCAUAGAAGAUCUACAUAUUCUUCUCGUGUUACAGAGAACAGUAUACACACAACAGAAUAUUCAGAAUUUACUUCUAAUUUACUCUAUAAUCUUGUAACGUCGGAUUAUACUACAAAUGAUAACAUAGAUGAUGAAGAUGAUAUUGAAGAUGACGGUGAUGCAGAAAAUGAUGAUUCAAACUUGUUUCCUUUACAACUUGAAUACGCUGAUAGACGACGUCGUAACUUACAAAGGCCAUGGGCAUAUCAACAAGGUAUGAAGAAUAAUAUGUACCCGUCUUAUAAUCCAAUUCCGCCAGCCUAUGAUUCAGUGCAGAAUACAGCGGGUGAAAAUAUGCCUGUUUCAUCUAAUAAUCAACCUUAUUCUGACCAGAGAUGGCCACGUCGUCCAAGGUCAAGAUUCACCAAAAAGAAAUCUGUAAUACGUACUCUGAAUCGUCAUAAUUAUUUAGCAGGAGUUGUAUUAAUGGAAGCGAAUCAAAAGUUGGUUUGUAAAUGUCAUGGUGUAAGUGGCAGUUGUGCUCAACGUGUCUGCUUCCGUCAACUUCGUCGUAUCGAUACUGAGGUAAUGCAGAAAGCGCUGAAAAUGAGAUAUUUGGCAGCAAAACAAGUUUCAGAGGGUAGAAAUGGUGAAUUAAUGGCUAAAACAUUUAUUGGUAAUGGUUUUAUCGAUGAAGUAGUAAAGCCUGAAGAAUUAGUAUUCAGUGAACACUCACCAGAUUAUUGUAAUGUAGAACCUCAAAGAGGAUCAGUCGGUACAAGAGAUAGAAUAUGCACAUUGAAAGAUUCAGGAACAUCAAACUGUGUGAACAUGUGCUGUGGACGCGGUUACAGAAAUGUUACUAAACGGGAAACUAUUCAGUGUAAUUGUCGGAUGGCUAAUGGAUUCAAAGUUCAGUGUGAUGAAUGUAAUGUUGAAACUGUAACUCAAAGGUGUUUGUGAAUAAAAAUUGAUAGUUGACAUUUAUUAGUUAACACUAAAUGAACUUGUUCCAAAACCAAGAAGACAAUCAAAUAUACAUAUAACCAUGUAUGCUAUGUAUACAACCCAUGUUUUCAGUUGUUUUUGUUGUUAAAUUUAUAAGCUACUUAAAUAAUUGUAAGUAAUUCUUGAUAAACAGUAUAAAUUUAUCAUAUCACCCAGUCUCUAAUGUACAUAUAUAUAUUUAUUAUUGCUGAAUUAUGCAUGCUGAGCUAAAUACAUUUCAGUUAUUAUUACUAUUAUUAUUAAGAAAACAAUAUGUUGACAUAAAUCUUACUUUUUAUAAAUGUAUGUCACCAGAAAUAAAUGCC